AUGAAGCUAUCUACUGUCGCUCGCUGUGCAGCUGCUAAUGAGGUCCUUCGCCGAAGACAACACGCCGUCUGCGAUAACAUCACACGCCCUGGCCUGAAGCAUCACGUGGAGCUCAUGAGCGUAACAUUCGAAGAAGCGCAACCCCAAGAACCACAUACCGAGAAGGAACGACGCCAAGUCAUAUCAUUCACACUGUCUCUUGGUCUGAGGACAAUUGGAGAAGGCCGUGGCGCAAACACGACUAGUGUCCCCGCAGCGUUGACCGACAGUACCAGGACAACAGCAACCAUAGCGCAUCGCCCGAAGUCCGGCGUGUGGAAACCGAUUCUCAGUCACGAUCGUGUGAGCAGUCCGGUAUUGGUGGCCUUACAGCAAAACCCCGAACGAAGUGACCAAAGCCUGACAUGCAAAGCACAAAAAAUAUGCACAAGUGAGGCUAUCGCAGAUGCUGCGUGUGAUGAUCUCAAUACAGGCGUUGCGCAGAUACAUGAUACGGGAUAUCGGCAUGGAAAGGACGUAGGCAGUUUUCACUUCCCGCCGGUUGAUGAGCAGGCUACACCGAAUGCUCUCGACCCAUAUCCCUACCACGAGAGCUCCAAUAUGAGCGCAUCGCCAGAAUCAGAUACUACACUGGUAGAAGAGCCUGUCCAGGUUCCUGACGACUCGCUAGAAGAUGGUGUGAACAUUCAGAGCCUCACAGUGGACGUCUUUCCGUCUCAAGAGGGCGCCUCAACCCCCACAGAGAAACGGAAUGUCCGACAUCGGCGGAAUUCGUCUUCUAAUUCAGCAUUCGAAGAUGUUAACCCGGCUUUAGUGCCGCCUCGAUCAAGGGCCAAGACGAACGAUGGCCUGCUAUCAUUCAAAGCAAGCUCAUUCAAAGACUUCACACAUAGAACUAUCAAGGGUCGCCAUCGCCGUAAGAUAUCUCUGAAUCUCCCUGUCAACUCUCAGGCACUACGGCCCAAAGCGUCUCCACAAUCUAAGCAGCCUCAUCUGAGUUCCCUGGCCGAGCCAUCAUAUCACCUGCAAACAGCUCCAAACACGACUAUGGCCGUUACACUGUCUCCAGAAGAGCGGGAAUUAGAGUACAAACACCGCCGUACCUUCAUCGGAACAGGCUCGCUUGACGAUUUUCUCGAGCUUCUAGAAAUGUCAGACACAUAUCUGACUACGCAGAAUGCGGUUGUGAGAGCAUUUGUACAGAUUUCCUCAACUGAACAGAUAUAUGCUCGACGGUUGUCCAAGGAGCCAGAUGGAUGGGAACUCGUCUCACGGAUCAAACCCGACAUCAUAGAUGUUACUAGCAUCGAUUACGUCGUGCAGUUGCAGGUCAAACUUGGGUCUAUCACACUCCGCCAGUUUCUGGACAUGAUUCCGUUUGACGAAAACAACCAAGCGGCGGCAAUCCAAGUUGUUGAGGCUUUUUCCGCUGCAAGUCACAUGGACUCCAAGAACACCAUGGGUACACGGACCAAGGCGAGAGUUUUCAGGAGUUGGAUAGUCGCGCAAAAGGCCCCCGCAGAGUCCUGA